AUGGAGUUCCCAUUAAAUGAUAAAGAACAAGUAAGUUUUUCUCACAUGCAAUAUGAUAAUGAAGUUGACUUUGAAUGAAUAUUUUUUCAGAAAAGAGUUGAUCGUUGGUUGGAAGAUGUGAACUACGUAAUCAAAUGGUUGGAUGGAAGAAGAGAUCAGUAUUCACAAAUGCAUUCCAAUGUUCUUAAGUUCAAACAAGAGUUGAUUGAUAUUUGCACCGUUUGGCAAUAUGAUGUAAGUUCUUUAUUUUAUAUUUAUAUUCAUAGAAUAAUUUUGAAACAUCACACAUCGAUGUUAGAUAGUUAUUGUUACUUCAUAAACAAUGUUUCUAUGAAGUAGAAAAAAACCGAAAAUAAUAAUGGCCCCGUUUGAAAAAAAUGUUAGCGCUUAUCUAUUUCUGGAAUGUCUCAAUUUAGCAAACAAUAUGAUCAUAGUAAUAUUCUGUUUUUUAAUUGUAAGAAGAACUUAUAACACAAAUUUGGACAUAUAUAAGAUUUGAUAUUCAAAAUUAUUUUAACAAAAAAAUCAGAUAAUUUUUUUCACAAAAACUAAGAAACUAGAAAUUUGAAAUGUCCAAAUUACAGUUACUAGAAAUUAACCAAUUUGAAUAUUUUCAGGUAAUGCAAAUUAAAGCAACAAAAACAAUCAACAAAUGGAAGAAAAUAAUUGAAAACCAAACAUUCGAUCAGUUUCGCAACUGCAAUGUGUAUUAA